CUUAGCGCGAGACUAGGAGAACAGUGGGGAGGUGAGAAAAACGCACGAGCUGUUCACCUGCUAAAAACCAAGCCGGAAAAAGUUUAAAAAUGGAAAUAUGAAAACUGUCUGACACCAGCAUAAUACAGAAGAUCUGUCAUCUCCCUAUCCCCAGAAAGAGCACAAUGCUGACUCUACCGUUUGAGGAUGCUGUCAUAAUAGACACUCAGUUUGGGCCAAACUUUCCACGGGACUGCGUGGGUGAAAUGAAGGUCAAUAAACAAGAACCGUUAAAAAACGAGACGAUGAACGACGAGGAUUCGGAAAAGGAUGAAGAUGAAAGGGAGGACGGACAGGACGAGAACGGUUUGCCUCGGAGGAGAGGGCCUCGGAAAAAGAAAAUGAGCAAAGCGCGUGUCGACAGGGUGAAGCUGAGACGCAUGGAGGCCAACGCGCGGGAGAGGAACCGAAUGCACGGACUGAACAACGCACUGGACAGCCUGCGCAAGGUGGUUCCCUGCUACUCCAAAACGCAGAAACUGUCGAAAAUUGAGACCCUGCGACUCGCCAAGAACUACAUCUGGGCGCUUUCGGAGAUCCUGAGCACAGGGAAGAGGCCUGACCUCUUGGCCUUCGUGCAGACUCUGUGCAAGGGGCUCUCCCAGCCCACCACCAACUUAGUGGCCGGAUGUCUCCAGCUGAACGCGAGGAACUUAAUCACGGAUCAGAUAAACGGGGAGGCGUCUUUCUCUGGCAGGUCACCUUACGACUCAAUGUACACGACCUACCACAGCCCUGGUGUGGUGACGCCCUCUGGACACGGUAGUGGCGCUGUAGACGCCGUCAACCCCUUCAGGCCGUUCAACUACUGCAGCUCCUACGAGUCUUUCUACGAGAGCGUCUCGCCGGAAUGCGGGAGUCCUCAGUUCGACGCCCCCCUGAGUCCUCCUAUGAACUUCAACGGUAUAUUUUCCCUCAAGCACGAGGACCCGAUCGAUUAUGGCAAGAGCUGCCACUAUGGCACGCGUUAUUGCGCGGUGCCGCCGCGCACCUCCAUCAGCCAGAGCGCAAGAGGCUCCUCGGAUCUCCAUUUCCCCUAUGACAUUCACCUCCGCGGCCAAUUUUACCCGGGUCAAGAUGAAUUAAACACGACUUUUCAUAAUUAAUGAGAGAAAGUCAAAUAGGGUGAGACUAUAGGGUGAUGACUGAAGAAAAGAAAAAGAAAAAAAAUGCAGGACUUUCAGUCGCAUUACAACAACGUAUUAUUCGUAUUAUUUAUAUAGCAGCCCGUCUCUCUGGGUAGGACCUUGGGUCUUAUGUUUUAUUGUUUAUCCUUUGUACUUGGAAAAUGUGCUACAGAAAACACAAUGUUCCUAAAUGAAUUGGUUUUUAUUGGUUUUAAACUAUCCGACAAAUUGUUUGGUUUGUUAUGCUUUGUUUUCGGUGAAAUUUAAUGUAUAUGCUAAUCUUUUAUACGCCCACAUCGGACUGUACAGAGGCAGUUCAAAAUCUCUUUAAGAUGUCAGUCAUGUAUUUGCGAUGAGUAUUCAGUCAAAACCGAGAGCAAUAACUGCUAAGGGUGCUAUGCAAACACAUCGUCCCUUCAAAGUCUAUAAUUCUCGAAUUGACCCGCUGAUUUAUCCACACAAUGUUCGCACAAAGUUUUUAAAAUAUUGUUGGAAAAAAAAGACUUAAAGGGUAUUAGUUAAUCAUUUUGUACCACAUAGGCAACAUUUGUUUAUUCGUUCGUUAAAUGUAAUAAUAACAUUAAUUUUAUCUAUUUGCUUAUUUUCAUAAUUACAAAAGUUUCGUGAUGUUUUACACAGGACACUACUUAUAUGUUGUUAAAUAAAUUGAUUCAGCCAUUGGUUAUUACUGAUUGUGAUUUCAAGAAUGAUACUAAUAGUAAUAAUGGUAAUAAUAAUAAUAAUAAUAAUAAUAAUAAUAAUAAUAAUAAUAAUAAUAAUAAUAAUAAUAAUAACUAUUUAAUAUUUGACUCAAUGAAAAGGUAAUGACUCAAUCUAUGUAUUUUGAAACAAAAUAUGAUAGGCUAUCAAAUACAAUGGCUAUGAAUGUAAUAAUAAAAAACGAAAUAAUUACGGUAUAUAUUAAUUAAAGAUUAAUUUGUUUGUUUCAUUCAUUCGAGUGUAAUUUAAAUGUAUAUAUGCGGACAAUCACGUUUUGAACUUUUCAGUUUCCAAAUAUUAACUCACAUUCACACAAAUCACAUUGAUCUGUAUGCGCAUAAUUUUACUAAAGGAUGAUAUAAAGAAAAACCCAACACAACAAUGUAAUUGCAUUAAGCAACAUGUUGUUUGACAGCUCUGUCUUUUCGACAUCGAUAUAAUAUUGGUGGCACAUUGCUCUGAACAAUCGAUCAAGCAAAUGCAUCUGAAGCAUGUACAGAUCUCAAAGAGAAAGAUGUGUCCUGUUUAGUGAACUCAUGUCAUGGGAAUACUUGCCUUAAUAUAUUUGCUACACAUCAUUUAUGCAAUGUAUAAUGGACGUCUUCAGUGGUGGAUUCGUGAAUUCUGAUUUUUCUCACCAAAAGUUUGUGAGAUUUGUUUUUGUGCAAAAAUGACUGAAUGCACUGAAACUGGUCAUGUGCCGAUUUGUACACUGUCAAGCUGUUUUGUACAGUAAAAUAAAGUUUAAUUAAAUACA